AUUUAUCCGCAUAACGUACUGCAAGGCUACGUCGCUUACGUGCGUGUCGUUUUCCGUGAGGAGAAAUACGUCGAAAUCAGUGCAUUAUUGUUUCCUGAAACGUGAAAAUGUGUAGUCGCGCAGUGCGCGGGUCGAACCAGUCUAGGUGAAAGACCCGGGCAAGUCAGGACUCCGACGCGUGACGAUCCGCGACGGGGAAACGUGGUGUCGAACUAGCACGGCGGCCGUCGGGCGUCUGUUAUCAAACAGGGCUCGGGCUCGGGCGGCAUGGCGGAGGCGGCGCCCGGCGUCGUCGGCGAGGAGCCGGCCGGCAUCGUGAAGGAGGGCUGGCUGCAGAAGCGCGGCGAGCACAUCCGGAACUGGCGCGACCGCUACUUCGUGCUGUUUGACAACGGGGACCUGGUGGGCUUCAAGGCGCAGCCGGAGCGGCGGCACUACCGGGACCCGCUGAACAAGUUCACGGUGCGCGACUGCCAGAUCAUGGCCACGGACAAGCCACGGCCGUACACCUUCACGAUCCGUGGUCUCCAGUGGACCACGGUCAUCGAGCGCAACUUCUCUGUGGAUACCGAGAAGGAACGCGAGGAGUGGGUGGCGGCGAUACGCUUCGUGUCAUCCCAGCUGAGCGCGGGGGGCCCCAGUGCGGGCUCGAGCACCGCCCAGGACGCCGAGGACCGCGACAUCGCGCAGCUCGGCACCAGCUUUAAGGACCCGCGCCGUAUCACUUUGGAAAAGUUCGAGUUCUUGAAAGUGCUCGGAAAGGGGACGUUCGGCAAAGUUGUCCUGUCGCGCGAGAAGGGCACAGGCAAGCUGUACGCCAUGAAGAUCCUGAAGAAGCAUCUCAUCAUCCAGAAGGACGAGGUCACGCACACGCUCACAGAGAACCACGUGCUUAAGAAGACUAAGCAUCCUUUUCUCACGGCGCUCCGCUUCUCGUUCCAAACCGCCGACCGGGUGUUCUUCGUCAUGGAGUAUGCCAACGGAGGCGAACUUUUCUUCCACCUCUCCCGCGAACGUUCCUUCACCGAAGACAGGGCGCGAUUCUACGGCGCUGAGAUCGUCAGCGCACUCGGAUACUUGCAUUCUGAGGGCAUUAUAUACCGCGAUCUGAAGUUGGAGAAUCUGCUGUUGGAUAAAGAUGGACAUGUCAAGAUUGCCGACUUUGGACUCUGCAAGGUGAACAUAACGUACGGGCGCACCACGAAGACGUUCUGCGGCACGCCCGAGUACCUGGCGCCCGAGGUGCUGGAGGACGCGGACUACGGGCCCGCCGUGGACUGGUGGGGCACCGGAGUGGUCCUCUACGAGAUGGUCUGCGGCCGGCUGCCCUUCUACAACCGAGACCACGAGGUGCUAUUCGCCCUCAUCGUAUCAGAAGAGGUCCGGUUCCCACGGGCCCUCUCCGCGGCCGCGCGGAGCCUGCUCGCUGGCCUGCUCACUAAGGAGCCAGCAUCGAGACUGGGCGGCGGACCUGAUGACAGCCAUGAGAUCAUGGCCCAUCCCUUCUUCGCGUCAGUCAACUGGGCGGACUUGCUCGCUAAGAAGAUCCCGCCACCGUUCAAACCUCAGGUGGAAUCUGACACGGACACGCGCUACUUCGACUCCGAGUUCACGGGCGAGAGUGUGGAGCUGACGCCGCCCGAGCCGGACGGCGCGCUGGCGCGCAUCCAGGAGGAGCGCUUCCCGGAGUUCUCCUACCAGGACAUCUGCUCCUCCGCGCACUCCGCGCUGUCGUCGCUGCAGCCCCUGCAGCCGCUGCAGCCCCGCCAGCGCAGCCCGCCGCAGCCGCCCGGCUGGGCCUAGGCUUGGAAAUGGGUCUCUAUUGUUUCCCAAAUAGUUUCAAGUCAUAAUGUAUUGUUUGUCCGAAUUUUCGUUAGUCAUUAUUGACUUUUCUCAGAAACGCGUAAUUUUUAAGGAUUGCCAUAAAAUAAACCUAACCUAAUGUAUCUACAGAAUAACCUUACGAAAAUCCUGAAAAGUUAACUGUUUCAGUUUUAUGUCUAACGAUAGUAUGACAAACAAUACAUUAUGACUUAAAACUUGAUGGGAAACAAUACCCUUGUAAAUAUUGGAGGUUGCACGUCAAUCAAGUUUGAGGUAGGCAAAUAUCACCAUGGAUAUUGGGCGUUUUCUAAAACAAAUAUCGGAAACCUGACUCUCACAGAUCCUGGUGUUUUUGGGUUCUUUCAACUCAGAAUCACUAGCGUAUUCAAUUCUGAUGGUAAAUAAAGUUGUCCCAAAAAUUUGUAUGAAAAUUGUACGUUCCACUACGUCGCGCACAUACAAGUGAAAUAUUUUUUCAUACUAAAACGUGACGUGAUGCAAUGGACUUUUGGGACAUCUUUUUUAAUGCUGUCGAUUCUGAGUAAAAUGAGACCGAAAACGUCCAGAUUUGAAAGAAUCAGGUUUUCAAUAUUUAUUUUUGAAACCGCUCGAUUAUGAAACGCAUUAAAUUCGUUCUUUAGGGUGAUUCUCUUGUAAGUUAACUUAGUAAUAUAGUUUGUUAGGAACUUUCAAAAGAAUCAUCCUCAAAGUAUCCGUAAAUAUACCGUGGGUUGGUUCGGUAUAGGAGAAUAUACUCGCUUCAAAAUUCUGUUGUACAUGCAACCUCCAGUGGAAUUAUAAGCCUCUCGCUGACAACGACACACUUGACCACUUGUAGAUAAGCCCGCUGUAGAUAUGCCUAAACUUAGCAUGCUUAAAUGUGUUCUUUGUACUGUCUUCUAUGACAUGUUAUCUGCCUUGACGAACAUUAUUUUUCAGUCUUUCAUUCGUUAAGGUAAAUUUAGCCAUACUUUAAACUCUCGCAUUUUGCACACAAUUAAUGUCAUUAACGGCUCUAACCCCGCAGACAGAUGUCGCGUUAGACCCCUUACCCGUUAGAUUGACAUUAAUUAAAUUUAGCCAUGUGUUUAACGGCCUAUACUUAAAUAAUUCCAGUGAAACAUGAACAUACAUGAGGGUUAGGCGGGAAUGAUUUCAUGUAUUUAUAACUUUGUUUAUUGUACAAUAAUUACCGAACUAUGAAUUACAAAUAGGUAAGAAGCUUCAAAUGUGCUUAGAAAUGUUAAAAUAGUAUCGGUUUUUACAUUUU